AUGCUCCUCCACUUCCUCGUCCUCCUAAUAUUUCUAAACUUGGCAAGCUGCCAAUUCACCUCCCAGACGUUCCCCGACCCCAGGAGCGACCCAUUUGCAUGCAGAAUGGCGUUUGGGUCCUCAAUUUGCGAUCCCUCUUCCGUGUUGAGUGACGAUGAGAGAAAUAGAUUAGCGCAGAGGGUUAAUCAGCUCGUCGGCGUGACCUCUUCGAUCAAAAAUACAGCUGCACCCUGCGCCCAGAGGCCGGAUUCGAAUUUACAGAUUGUCGUCGCGAUUCUCGACAAAAUUGGUAGCUUCGGAACGGCAGCCGACAUCGAAAAAUUUGCUAACAAUCUGAAACGGCGAUACCAAAAUCACCAGGAUAUCGGGCUCUGCGAUACCUUUGUGCUAAUUGUCAACUCAAGACAGGAUCGUCAGGUCUUCACUGUCGCCGGGCGAGACGCUAAACUCAGCAAAGAAACGCUGAAACGGGCUUUUGAAUCGAAUAUUGGGCAUUUUAAGACUAACAAAUUCGCUCUUGGUCUGGAGGGAAUGGUCGAGAUGAUCACGGCAGCCUACAGCAAUGCUCAUAUCGUCCAAGUCCCGACGCCUGUUGAGGGAUUCAGGCAGGAAGGAUUUGAAUCCUCCAUCCCUCCUGCCUCCCAGCAACAAUUUCGAGCGGCCGCCGUCCCAACUCAAACCCAAGAAAAGUUUGAAGAACUGGUCGGGAAUGUCGCCGAAGAAGACCGCGCCUGGGUGGACAUCAUGUCGAUAGCAGCGGCGCGUUGCGGCGAGACUGGGGACUUUGCCAAGGCGGUCAGAUCUGUUGUGGAAGAAGCCAUGGCCAUCUCCGUGAAGCUCAUCUCUGAUCCGCGCUACAAUGCCAUUGAGGAAGAGGUCGAGUCCAACAAGGAAAUCCUGGGCAUCCGCGAUUCAGCAUGGAAGAAAGCUGCCGAAUCUUGGGUCCUGCCACUCCUGCAGAAGCACAAGGAGGCGGUACGUGCCGGCGCCGCCCAGGCCUGCCCCGCGCUAAAUCCACACAAAUUCCUGACGACCCCGAAUAUUUUGAGGCGACAUCGUCAU